UAUUUGUUUCUCGGGAAAAUGGAAAGAGAAAAUCAGAAAACACAGAAAUCUCCCAAAAGUAUAGGCACAAAUUUCAUUUUACUUAUCAUUUCAUUUUACAGUCUCAUCAUCAUGGUCCUCUCCCAAUUCCACAUUUUCCUACCUCUUUCAUAUGUUGGCAAAAUUUCCCGCUUCACCGAAGUCACGAUGUGGUCGGAUGUUUCCGUUGUUGACUCCGGUACGGGUGCCCUUUAUGCGCUGCCCACAGCCCACCGGAGUCCUACGCCUCACCCACAGCUCCAUCGCCACUGUUUGGGACUACUCCGGCAUUGCAAAUCAUGGAACUCCCAGAUGACUCUUGAGGAUUCCGGACCUUGUUGGUGAUCAUGAACAAUUCCGGCGUUCCGGUCUGGUCCUCGUUCCAUAACCCGACAACACCGUGUUCGGGUGUACAGAAUCACUUCUGAAUUGAAGAUCUUGAAGAUGAGAGAAGAUGCCGGAUAAGUUUUAAUUUUUUUUUAAAUAAAAUUGAAAUUUGGUG